GUCCGAGCGGUCACAGGAGGAAGCGGACGAGAAGAUGCCGCCACCGCCGCCAGCUCUCGGGCAUCGCGGGGAAUCUAGCCCGUCCAGGGCCCCCAAGAAGCACGCCACCUUCCACAUCUGGCGCUCCAAGAAGAAGCAACAGCCCCUGCCUGUGCCGUCUGACUGUGGGGUGUUCAUUCCGCACCCGCUCCCUGCGCCCCUCGGCGAGGCCAGAGCUUUGGAGGUAGCGGAUGGAAGCCACGUUGCUCAAGAGUCAAAAGAAUUUACAUUGCACUGUGGGGAAUCCCAGUUCUUUCACACCACCAAUGAGGUGCACGGUCCUUUACCUACAGAAUGUGGAAUGUUUAAAAAGUCUAGAGCACAACCACCAGAGGAGAACAAAAGAAAGCCAGUUUUGGGGAAAUUUGGCAACCUGUUUACGGCAGGAAGGAGAAGGAACAUCAGCAACGGGUUAGAGAGUCCCACAAACUUAAAUGCCAAGCCGGCCUCUCCCAAAGAUGUAGCAUUUUCUAAACUCUCUGAAAGAGGGAAUGAGAAGAGUAAAUCUCAGGGCAGCCAACCAAGGCAAACAGAUGCGUGCGUGGAGGGCUUCCCCCAGGAGAAACCCCGGGAACCCGAGGGCGAGCCCGCCGAGAGCUGCGUCCAAGCAGCACCCCCAGAUGCCGAGCGGUCACCGUUCCCGAGCAGUCAUGCAGCAGCAGCGGCUGUGCAGCAAUGCCAUGAAAGUGAUUCACCUCAAUUAGAACCUCUGGAGGCAGAGGGAGAGGCUUUCUCAGCUACCAGCACUGCUGCCAAGCAGCUGCAUUCCACGCCAGAGAAUUCCUCCAGGCGAGAGAACGCAGAGACACCCGCCUGCAGUCCGGGGGAGGACGCUUCGCCCAGCGCUGGCCGCGGGCACGAGACAGUGCGGGGUGAGAGGGGUGUGCCAGGGACGCCCAUUGGGGAGCGGCCCGCGCAAGGACUAAGCGAAGGCCCUGACAGGGCCGAAGGACGCACACUGGGGGCGCAAGUCCAGCGCAGCCAGCACCCUGAAGCCGCAUCUGCUCCGCCAGGUGACCCUGCCGCGCAGCACACACAGAAUAGGGCCAGCUCCGCGCAGGCCGACGGCAAAGCCGGGCCGGGAGGGCACGCCCAUCCGGCUAAGGUGUUAACUUUGGACAUCUACUUGAGUAAGACUGAGGCGGCGCCAGUGGACGAGCCGGUCGUGAUUGCUCCUGGAGCAGAAGAUUGCGGAGAUUUGGACGACAUGGAGAAGAGGGCUAGCGGUCGCCGGUCGGGGAGGCGGAGGAAGUCGCAGAAAUCCACCGACUCCCCCGGAGCAGACUCGGCACUGCCCGAGAGCCCGGCGAGGGACGAUGCAGUGUUCGACGACGAGGUGGCGCCAGUCGCGGCCACCGAGAAAGUUUCGGCGGAAAAGAAAGUGAAAUCUCCGCAGGCGGCCCCCGAAGGGGGCGUUGCCUCGGCUGGGAACCCGGAGUCCAGGGCGAGUCCCGGCCCCAAGGGGCAGCCCCGGGCGGAGUCCGACCGGGGCAAACAGCCGCUCCCAGCCUCGUCCCCCACCAAGAGGAAGGGCAGGAGCCGCGUCCCCGAGGCUGUGCCCGCCCCGCCCGCCAGCGGCCCGCGGGCUCCCGCCAAGGAGUCCCCACCGAAGAGGACGCCCGCGCCCGACGCCGGCCCCGCUGCCAGGGGCGCCGCGGGGGAGAGCGGGGAGGAGGCGGCCGGAGUAACCCCCCGCGAGCUCACGGUGAAGAGCAGCUCGCUGCUGCCGGAGUUCAAGCCCGAGCACAAGCGGGGCCCGCUCCCCAACCACUUCGACGGCCGGGGAGAAGGAGGGCGCAGUAGGGAGCUGGGCAGAUGGGCAGGCGGUUCUGACGCCGACGGCUUGAGGCUCAGGAACCACUUCGGUGCCGGUAGGUCGACCGUGACCACCAAAGUGACGCUCCCGGCCAAGCCGAAACAUGUGGAGCUAAAUUUUAAACCCCCUAAGAAUCUUGACAGUUUGGGAAAUGAGCAUAAUCCCUUUAGCCACCCAGUUCAUAAAGGAAAUACUGCCACUAAAAUCUCCUUAUUUGAAAACAAACGGGCAAACAGUAGCCCAAGACACACAGAAACUCGAGGCACAAGGAACAUUUCUGCUUCCAAUAAAACAUUUGUUGGGCAGGCAAAACUGAAUUUAGCCAAAAAAGCCAAGGAAAUGGAGCAACCCGAAAAGAAAGUAAUGCCAAACAGUCACCAGGACGGUGCCCUGGUGAAGGAAACAUCUGCAGAAACCAAAGUUACUCUCCCUGAAGAGGAUAUUCUCCCAGCAACCAGGAGUCCCGGUGUAAGAGGAAAGGAAGAAGAUUCUACUGAGGAUCAAGCUCUCGGUUCUCAGCUUACCCAAGGUGAUACCUUAGAUGUGCAAACAGAUGCUGGCUGCCCCUCUGAUCCAGGGGUUACUGCUCUGAUUCCUGGGGAGGACCACAAGCUCGUGGGACAGGAUGACUUGAAGGCUGCUGACAGCCAAAGACUUGUUCUUGAAAAUAUGGCUGAUACGGCACAAGACCUUCCUGUCAUUCUUGAUACCAAAGAUUCACCACCAAUAGCCACCCCAAAGCAACAGGAUAAAUUCUCUGACUCACAGCCCCCAGCUGAGACACCUAAUGGGACUUCUCUUUCACUGACUGCACCCGUUCCUCUGGAUGUUCACAAAGACACAUGUGCUCAAGUUCCCAUAAGCAGUUUCCCAAGCGCUGAUUUAAGAGUGUCAGAAAACCAUAAUGGAUGUAAGUUGCCGGAGUCUCAUCAGAAUAAUGAGGAACUUGAUGGAGGAGAAGGAGGAGAAGUAGAUCCUCCUUUGACCACAGAGCACAGCCCAGAAGCUGUGGGAAAUGAGUGUCCAUCCAAGGUCCUUGUCCAGGUCAGAUCCUUCAUGCUCCCCAUGGAGAGCACCACGCAGGAUUUAAGCUCCCAGAUCCUCUCAGAUAGCCCUGAAGUUAGAGAAGUGCAGUUGCCAAGCUGUCACAAUAAUGAACUUGAAGUGGUUUCUGUUGCAAGUUGUGCUCCCCAGAAAGAGGAAGAGCUGGGCAAUAAGAGCACACCAUCCAAACACAGUCAUCACAAAGAGGAACAUGUGGCAAAUUCGGGCCUGCAAGUCAGGCCACCAGAAUCAGAGAAAACAUUGCCUGUCCAGGCCCAACGUCAGGGCGGUGAAACACCCCAUGUGGCUGAAUCCAGCUCCACCAACUCUCCUUGCAGCAGAAAUCACUUGGAAACUCCACAAAGGCCAGAUCACAGUGUCACAAACGGCCAGGACAGCCCUGUCAGCCUUUUGAGCAUUUCUGCCGGUAGUGAUGAUAGUGUGUUUGAUUCUUCUUCUGACAUGGAAAAAUUCACUGAAAUUAUAAAAAGGAUGGAAAGCUCAAUUUGUGUGCCCCAGAAGAAAAAGAAGUCCAGGAUGCCAAACUCUUCUGCCCCUCACUUUGCCAUGCCUCCCAUUCAUGAAGACAAUUUAGAGAAAGUGUUAGACCCCAGCAUGUUUACUUUUGGUUUGGGGAAGUUAAAGGAAAGACAACCAGAGAUGUCAUCAGCUUUACAUUUGAUGCAGAACCUCGACACAAAAUCCAAACUGAGGCCCAAACGUGCAUCAGCAGAAGAGAGUAUCCUCUUGAAGUCCUUGAACACUAAUGGUAAAAACCAACCUGUGGUGACUCCAGAAAUAAAUGGUAAAGAAAACAAGGACAUAACAAACAGUGGAGUUAAGAGAUCUAGGCUAGAAAAAAGUGCACUUUUCUCAAGCAUGUUAUCUUCUAAUUUGCCACAGGACAAAAUCUUUUCCCCCUCUGUGACAUCAGUCAAUACCAUGACCACAUCUUUCAGCACUUCUCAGAACACUUCCCUUUCUCGGUCUUCAGUGUUACAGCCCAAGAUUGGGGGUGCCCCACCCUGCGGCUCGGACAAAGACCAGCCGAAUCUUCCACCCAGCAACUCAUUAAAGGUCUUCAAUUUCGACUCGUCCAGUGCAUCACAUUCAGGUUUAAAAAGUCCAAGCUCCAUGGAAAAGCACCUGCAAAAAGAGGAAACCGAAAAAGAUCUGGAUUCACGAAGCAAUCUUCACUUACCAGAAACUACAUUUUCUGAAUUUUCAAAACUUAAGAACAACGAUGAUAUGGAAAAGAGUAAUCACAUUGAAAGUGUUCUUAAACCAAGCUUGCCAAACCAUGGAAAUGGUGACAUGGACUUCAUGGGACUUUUCAAAUCCAGCCGGUUUGACCCAAAUGUUUCUUUUUCUGGGCUGUCAUUAUCAGACACACUGACAUUUAGAGGAACUGUCCACAAUAAAAUCAAUCCCCGGCCUGGAAAGGUUGUGAUAUAUAGGGAACCUGAUGUAUCCGAGGAUUGCAUUGAUGUUUUCAGUGACACUGAGGAUUGCAGUUCUUGGAACCUCUCUCCAGUGAUACUCAUAAAAGUUGUUAGAGGAUGCUGGAUUUUGUAUGAGAAACCAAAUUUUGAAGGGUGCUCCAUCGCCUUAGAAGAAGGAGAUUUGGAACUUUCUGGGCUCUGGGGAAUAGAAGAUGUUGUGGAAAGAAACGAUGAAGCAGAGUCUCCUAAGCCCGUGGUGAUUGGUUCAAUCAGACAUGUGGUUCAGGAUUACAGAAUUAGUCAAAUUGACUUAUUUACCGAACGAGAAGGCUUAGGACUCUUAAAUUCCUACUUUGAUGAUACUGAAGAAAUUCAGGGAUUUGGUGUCCUGCAGAAGACUUGUUCCAUUAAAGUGCAUUGGGGCACGUGGCUGAUUUAUGAAGAACCUGGAUUUCAGGGUGUCCCUUUUAUCCUUGAACCUGGCGAAUACCCUGACUUAUCCUUCUGGGGUACGGAAGAAGCGUACAUCGGAUCCAUGCGGCCUCUGAAAAUGGGUGGCCGUAAAGUUGAAUUCCCUACAGAUCCAAAGGCAGUUAUUUAUGAAAAGCCUUUCUUUGAAGGAAAAUGUAUGGAACUAGAAACAGAAAUGUACAGUUUUAUCUUGGAAGGAGGUGAAACAGAUGAAACAAGUGCAGAUGAUUGUUUGCCAUUUACGUCAGUGGGAUCUAUGAAAGUUUUAAGAGGCAUUUGGGUUGCUUAUGAGAAACCUGGAUUUACAGGUCAUCAGUAUUUGCUAGAAGAAGGAGAAUACAAGGACUGGAAAGACUGGGGAGGUUACAAUGGAGAAAUUCAGUCUUUACGACCUAUAUUAGGUGAUUUUUCGAAUGCUCACAUGAUAAUGUACAGUGAAAAAAACUUUGGAUCCAAAGGUUCCAGUAUUGAUGUAUUAGGAAUUGUUGCUAAUUUAAAGGAGACUGGAUAUGGAGUAAAGACGCAGUCUAUUAAUGUACUGAGUGGAGUAUGGGUAGCCUAUGAAAAUCCUGACUUUAUGGGAGAACAAUAUAUAUUGGAUAAAGGCUUUUAUGCCAGUUUUGAAGACUGGGGCGGUAAAAGUUGUAAGAUCUCUUCUGUUCAACCCAUAUGUUUGGAUUCUUUCACUGGCCCAAGCAGAAGAAAUCAGAUUCACCUGUUUUCGGAACCCCAGUUUCAAGGUUGCAGUCAAAGUUUUGAAGAAACUGCAAGUCAAAUUGAUGAUUCAUUCUCUACAAAGUCUUGCAGAGUUUUAGGAGGCAGCUGGGUUGCAUAUGAUGGAGAAAAUUUCACUGGUAAUCAGUACGUAUUGGAAGAAGGCCACUAUCCCUGUCUGUCUGCAAUGGGAUGCCUGCCUGGAGCAACUUUCAAGUCUCUUCGUUUUAUAGAUGUUGAAUUUUCAGAACCAACAAUUAUUCUUUUUGAAAGAGAAGACUUCAAAGGGAAAAAGAUUGAACUUAAUUCGGAAACAGUUAAUCUCCGACUCCUAGGAUUCAGCACACGGAUCCGCUCUCUUCAGGUUAUUGGUGGCAUAUGGGUUACUUAUGAAUAUGGCAAUUACAGGGGUCAACAGUUUCUACUGUCACCAGCAGAAAUACCUAAUUGGUAUGACUUCAGUGGCUGUCGCCAGAUAGGUUCUCUACGGCCUUUUGUUCAGAAACGGAUUUAUUUCAGACUUCGAAACAAAGCAACAGGGUUAUUCAUGUCAACCAAUGGAAACUUAGAGGAUUUGAAGCUUCUUAGAAUACAGGUCAUGGAGGACGUUCAUGCUGAUGACCAGAUCUGGAUUUAUCAAGAAGGAUGCAUCAAAUGUAGGAUAGCAGAAGACUGCUGUCUGACAAUUGUGGGCAGCCUUGUAACAUCUGGCUCUAAGCUGGGCCUGGCCCUUGAACAGAACGCCGACAGUCAGUUCUGGAGCAUGAAGUCAGAUGGCAGGAUAUACAGCAAGCUGAAGCCAAAUUUAGUUUUAGAUAUCAAAGGAGGUGCACAGUAUGAUCAAAAUCACGUUAUUCUCAACACUGUCAACAAAGAGAAGUUUACCCAAGUGUGGGAAGCCAUGGUCCUAUAAACCUGAAUAAAGAAUACAGGAAAAAUCUUUCUGGAGGUCAUUCCAGUCACCUUAUUUUAAAAAAGGGCAAUGCUGAUGGAAGAGCUAAGAAGAAAAGAUGGACCUACUACUACUUCAAUAAUGCCAAAUUCAGUUUUGAGUCAUCCUGCCGUGACCAUGAGAAUUGUCUCAUGUUUUCAAAAGACUAAUAGUUUUAAACCAAUGAUCUGUCAUUUUUUCAUUCUUGCCUUUCAUUUCCUUUCAGUAGUUACGAAAAACAGGUUGCCUCAUUAGCAGCUUUGGGGUGUUUAUAAAAAAAGUUAUAUCAAGACUUCAAAACUAUGUACAUUUUAAAUUAUUUCGAAAGAUGGCGACACGAGAGAAUAUGAACAAAUUUACCAACCUUGGGGCUCUACAAAUUCCUUACAUUUUAAAAGAGUAGGAUAAAAGCUUAUACUUCUAAUGUAGAGGACUGUUUAGUGUCUGAGAAAAAGUACUUUAUUGGGCUUAUAAUUUUGGUUCAUGAUCUUACAUUUUCUAGAAUCAUUAAUUAUGCUGUACAGCAAAGUUGGGGAAAGCCUUUAUAUAAUGCAGACGUAUUUUAAGGAACUGAGUAAAUAGAAACAAAACACUAUUUCCUUUCAGUUAAUAUUAAAACUUAGUGAAUUUACAAGAUUGCUUAUCCAUGUCUGCUAACAUUUAUUAGCAGGAUUUGGAUUAUUUUAAUUCAUUCUUGGGCUGCCCUAGAACAUCACAAAGGUCGAUUGUUUAAGGACUCCCUUACAGAUGCUCCUGGAAGAGUAUUACCAUGACCUAAUUUAUUAGCCCGAACUUCCUCAUCUACAGCUAGUGCUGAAUCAAUGUUGGCAAUCCUUUGUCAAACUCAGGUCUUCCAGCCUCAUUUACUGCUCUCCUCUCCAGCUUCAUUGGCUCAAGGAUGGUGCGGGGCUGCCCCCCCUGUAUUGUUCCACAACCCUGCUCCUGGGCAAGACUGCUGGUGGACAGCCUCAGGAUGGAGGGCACUUGUGACACUUCUCAUAGCAAAACCAAGAGGUGUGGAAGGCUUGAGAGAGUGACCAGCAAUUUCUCCAGAAAGUGAAAGAAAAUCGAACUCAAGGGAUGUUUGUUGGUCAAACCUUAGAAACUCCAGAAGUCCUGAAAUGCAGCAUUUCAAGAAUGAAAACUGGAAGUGUUUAGCUGCUGACAAUACACUGGCCCAUAUGAUGCCGUUCACUCUGGGUUCUAGCUUUGAACAAGACUGUUAAACUUUCCUUAAAUACAUUCUUCCCCUCUGGUCCUUAUUUUCUUGUAUUCUUCAUUGGUUUUCUUGUCACAGGUAGAGAAAAUGUGGCUUCCUUCUCAUCUGUUUAAGUGUGUUUCUAAUUCUAAAACUCUGGUUCUCUCUGGAGUCCAUGUUAGGCAAUUAUGGUCAUCAGAACAGUUUCUCUUCAGUUUUAAAAUGACUUUUAAACAUGUAUCACAGCAGCAAACAGGUUGUGUCUUGUUCUUAGCAUAUAGCGCUGAGUUUUAGGCCUUUUGUGCCUAUCAUACAAGAUGGUGGGGUAAGACAUUCUAUAAUAGCCUGUGUUGAAUUUAUCUCUUGAAUAAACUUGUUUGCUAACUGUA